ACGAGGAGCGAGGAACGAGGAACGAGGAACGACUGCGGGGUAGCUAGCAAACAUGCUCCUACUCUCGUCACGAACGCGUCUCCCGCACAUCGGCCUUGAGUCCGAGCAGACACUUCAUAUGUAGGGCGUGAGCUCCACUUGGUUGCAUUGUCUUACUUGCGCCUAUAUACAUAUACGCAGUUUUCUUCAUUCUUCCUCUUGUCUUUAACAAUCAUCAAUUGCGCGCAUUGCACUUGUACUUUUUCCAAACACAGGAUGAAAGCCGUCGUUUUCAAAGGACCGGGAAAGGUGGUGAUUGAAGAGAGGCCUAUCCCCAAGAUCCAAGAUGACAAGGACAUAAUUGUCAAGGUGGACAAGACGGCGUUAUGCGGGAGCGAACUGCAUGUCUUCAGGGGUCACCAGCCAUCAGGAACCGAAUUUGUCAUGGGCCACGAGUUCACUGGAUAUGUACACGAGGUAGGCGCAUCGGUCAAAAACCACAAGGUUGGCGACCAGGUGGUCACGCCCUUCACAACGUCGUGUGGAGAGUGCUUCUACUGCAGCCAUGGGUACUCAUCGCGAUGCACCAAAAGCCAACUGUUCGGGUCUGUUGGCCUCGACGGCGCUCAGGCCGAGUACGUGCGAGUCCCACUUGCUGAUUCGACAGCUGUCAAAGCUCCACCAGGGAUCAAGGACGAAGCCUUGGUUUUGAUGGCGGACAUCUUCCCUACUGGCAUGUUUGCAGCAAAGAAUGGAUUCCAGUAUUCCAGUCCGGAGGAGAUCAAAGACAGUGUUGUUGUCCUCAUUGGAUGUGGGCCUGUUGCUCUCUGCGCGCUGUGCAACAUCACCGACUACAAGCCCAAGCACAUUCUCGCCGUGGACUCUGUGCCCUCUCGGCUCGAGCUUGCCAGGUCGCUCGGCGCCGAGCCGUGGAAUUUCCAGACGGACCGUGAAGGACUCGACAAACGCGUCAAGGAGCUCACCGAAGGCCGCGGCGCUGACAUUGUGAUUGAGGUCGUCGGACUGUCACCCGCUCUGCGUAUGGGCUACGAACUGAUCCGGCCGUGGGGCGUCAUCAGUUCCGUUGGUGUCCACAACGGCGAGAUUCCAUGGACUGGAAACGAAGCUUACAACAAGAAUGUUAGAGUUCAAAUGGGCCGUUGCCCCGUAAGAAGCGUGUUUGAGGAGGCAAUGGAGAGCCUCAAGAGACAUCAAGAUAAGCUCGGGUUCAUGGCGGAUAAGAUUAUGCCGCUGAGCGAGGCGGUGGAAGGCUACGACUUGUUUGACAAGAUGAAGGUGCAGAAGGUUGUGUUUGAAGCCCAAAAGUAGGAGGCGUAGGAUUGGAUGUAGUAGUAUAUAUGUAUGUGCAUGUACAUAGUAUGUAGACGUGCUCCGAGGAGGUCGACAGGCACAGUCACCCUCUUGAGAGGGCACAAUAGAAAAGCCCGGCCAAUGGGGUACUCCUGGCUUAGAAAGCGAGCGUGGCGGGC